CUUUUGCUUAACACAAGUGAGAUGCCAGCUGCAGAAACAGUUGUGGUGACUAGUGCUGUGUUUCCAGCUCCCAUGAAAAACUCACCCUGUGAGCUCCGGAUGUCAUGGCUCCUCCAUGGCAUCUUUCUUGGAGAUGUUUCCCUGGUCCUUGUCGAGAACAAGACUGGGAAGGAACAGAGCAGGAAACUCUGGCACUUGGAAAAUAGAAAAGGAUUGGGGGUGUGGCAGAAGAUGCUCAGGCCUCUCACGGAUGUAUCAGACAGGUUUUGGCUUCAGAUUGUUACAUCCUGGAAGGUUGGAUCAGAAGCCAUCAUUGCUUUUGAUAAUGUGUCACUCAGCCUGGACUGCUAUCUUACAAUCAAUGAAGAGAAGACAUCUCGAGAAAACAGCCCGGACGCAGGCAAUCUGCUCACUGAAAGAGGCAGGGGCGAAGGGCAGAUUACAGAGAGGCCAACACAGGAUCCUCCACCAGUUGGCCUUGAAGAUCAUUGGCUCUUCAAUACUUGUGGUGCUAAUGGACCUCAAGGGCCCACCCAGACCCAAUGCAAUGACGCCUAUAGGAACUCCAAUCUCAGUGUAGUGGUAGGGACGGAGGAUAAUUUUCCAGGUGUACAAGUGUGGAGAGUGCCUGCAACCAAUACUUACAGAGUCUCGGGCUAUGGGGCAUCUGGUGGCAAAGGGAAGAACAGUAUCAUGAGGUCACAUGGCGUGUCUGUGGUUGGAAUAUUUAAACUCCAGAAGAACGAUAACUUGUAUAUUUUGGUAGGACAACAAGGAGAAGAUGCCUGCCCUAGUACUCUGACCAACCAGGUUAUACAGAAGGUCUGCAUUGGAGAGAAUAAUGUCGUUGAAGAUGAAAUUAAAGUAAAUAAGAGUGUCUAUGAAUGGGCUGGAGGUGGUGGUGGAGGUGGAGGAGCAACUUAUAUAUUUAAGAUGGAAAAUGGAAAGCCAGUCCCCUUGAUUGUUGCAGCAGGAGGUGGUGGCAAGGCCUACAGGGACAAAGCAUAUACAUUUCACCAAGAAAAACUGGAGAAUGACACAUCUGUUCCAGGGCUCAGUGGGAAGCCAGGAGCCGCAGGUGCUGGAGGUGGCUGGAAUGAUAACACUUCCUUCCUCUGGUCGGGAAAAUCCUUGCUGGAAGGCGCUACCGGAGGAAAAUCCUGCCCCCAGGCCAUGAAGAAGUGGGGGUGGGAGACAAGAGGGGGUUUCGGAGGGGGUGGAGGGGGGUGCUCCUCAGGUGGAGGAGGCGGAGGAUAUAUAGGUGGCAAUGCAGCAGAAAACAAUGACCCAGAAAUGGAUGGAGAAGAUGGCGCAUCUUUUAUUAAUAAUCAAUAUGGUUCAUUGUACACCCCGGCAUUAAAAGUGACAGAUGGGCAUGGCGAAGUCGAAAUCAAAGUGCAUGUGAACUGUAGCCACUGUGAUCACGAUAUGUGCCACAUUGAUAUGAAGACACAGGAGGCUGUUUGCAUAUGUGUUUUCGGGUAUGUGUUGGCUGAUGAUGGUGUCUCUUGCAUAGCUGAGCCUGUACUGCCUACGAAGAAUCCUUCCCUCUCCUUGGUCUUGUCUGUAGUGACAUCUGCCCUCGUUGCUGCUCUGAUUCUAGCCUUUUCUGGGAUCAUGAUAGUGUACCGUCGGAAACACCAGGAACUUCAAGCUAUGCAGAUGGAGUUACAGAGCCCCGAGUAUAAACUGAGCAAGCUGCGAACCUCCACCAUUAUGACUGACUACAACCCCAAUUACUGCUUUGCGGGGAAGACCACAUCCAUUAGUGACCUCAAAGAGGUGCCCCGGAAAAAUAUCUCUUUGAUAAGGGGUUUAGGCCAUGGAGCCUUUGGGGAGGUGUACGAAGGUCAAGUGGUUGGGAUCCCCAGCGACCCCAGUCCCUUGCAAGUGGCUGUAAAAACUUUGCCAGAGGUUUGUUCAGAGCAAGAUGAGCUGGAUUUCCUCAUGGAAGCUCUAAUAAUCAGCAAGUUCAACCAUCAGAAUAUCGUGCGCUGCAUUGGGGUGAGCUUGCAGGCUCUGCCACGCUUUAUUCUGCUGGAACUCAUGGCUGGAGGAGACUUGAAAUCUUUCCUGAGGGAGACACGGCCUAGGCCGAGCCACCCCUCUUCCCUAAGCAUGCUGGACUUGCUACAUGUGGCUCGCGACAUUGCUUGCGGCUGUCAAUAUCUGGAAGAAAAUCACUUCAUUCACAGAGACAUCGCUGCUCGAAAUUGCCUCCUUACAUGUAAAGGCCCUGGGAGAAUAGCUAAAAUUGGAGAUUUUGGGAUGGCCCGGGACAUAUACAGAGCCAGUUACUAUAGAAAAGGAGGGUGUGCAAUGCUCCCUGUCAAGUGGAUGCCCCCCGAGGCCUUCAUGGAAGGGAUAUUUACAUCCAAAACAGAUACCUGGUCAUUUGGAGUGUUGCUGUGGGAAAUAUUCUCUCUCGGAUAUAUGCCCUAUCCCAGCAAAAGUAACCAGGAGGUCUUGGAGUUCGUAACAAGUGGAGGAAGGAUGGAUCCACCCAAAAAUUGCCCCGGCCCUGUGUAUCGAAUAAUGACACAAUGCUGGCAACACCAGCCUGAAGACCGGCCAAACUUUGCUAUAGUAUUGGAGAGGAUUGAAUACUGCACUCAGGAUCCUGAUGUGAUCAACACAGUUCUGCCAGUGGAAUAUGGCCCCUGCAUUGAGGAGGAAGAAAAGGUCCCCGUGCGCCCUGAAGACCCCGAAGCAAUCCCUCCGUUGCUAGUCUUGCCACAGCAAGAGAAAAAAGGUGUCGAGCAGCUCCUGCCUUCCCCACCAUCCUUGGCCUUAGCCAUCGCUACAGGGAAGGCUCUGGUGAAAGCAGCUAGUGUCGAUCCAUCAGUCUGUGCUAGUACACAGGCCCCCCUGGAAGGGGGACAUGUCAACAUGGCGUACACUCAGUCCAAUCCCGCCACUGAGCUCCACAAAGGCCGAGGGUCCAGAAACAAGCCUACCAACCUCUGGAACCCGACCUACGGCUCCUGGUUUACAGAGAAGCCCAUGGUCAAAAACACUUCACAGGCAGAGAAAGAGGCAACUGAGAGGGAAGGACCAGGGCAUGAAGGGAACUGUACUUUGGGGCCGAGCAUUGUGACUGGAAGGCUGCCAAGCUCCUCCCUUCUUCUAGAACCAUCUUCGCUGACAGCCAGCGUUAAGGAAGUGCCUCUGUUCAGGCUCCGCCAUUUCCCCUGUGGAAACGUUAACUAUGGAUACCAACAGCAGGGCUUGCCCUUGGAAACUUCAGCCCCACCCUUGUGCCAGCAGCUGCGAGGGCCCUCCCCUUAG